CCGCCACUUGACAUCCACUCAAACGGUCGUCGUUGCUCUUCCCAUCACUCUCUCUCUCUUUCUCUCCCGCGACAUGAACUAAACACCUCAGCAUAGUUAACAGAGUAACACAACACCCAUUUUCUCUCUCUAAAACCUAUGGAGUCCCGAGUUCUCUCACGCGCCACCGGCAUUCCCAGCGUCCCAGCACUGCGAAAGCAGCCGUCAAGGCUCAUCCCCACCACCAGCUUCGCCACCGUGAAAACAAUCGGAGCUGUUGGAGAUGGCGGUAACCUCAUAUGGGGGAGGCAACUCCGGCCAGCUAUUCUACUUGAAAGCUCGCCGGCCAUCGGAAUCUGUCUUCCCACUACCAAAAAAGAGAUUCUCCGGCCGAGCAUGGCCGCUGCGUCUUCGCCGGCUGAAGGAAGUGAUUCCGCCGGGGAUGCUAAGGUGGCUCCAAUCGGGUUCUUCGAGAAGUACCCGGCCCUUGUAACCGGGUUCUUCUUCUUCAUGUGGUACUUUCUUAAUGUGAUCUUCAACAUAAUCAACAAGAAGCUCUACAAUUACUUCCCUUAUCCUUAUUUUGUGUCAGUAAUACAUUUGUUUGUUGGGGUGGUGUAUUGUUUGGUGAGCUGGACUGUGGGCCUUCCUAAGCGCGCCCCUAUUGACUCAAACCUUCUUAAGCUGCUCAUCCCUGUCGCUGUGUGUCAUGCCCUAGGCCAUGUGACCAGCAAUGUCUCAUUUGCAGCAGUUGCAGUUUCGUUCACCCACACAGUCAAAGCACUCGAGCCGUUCUUCAAUGCCGCUGCAUCUCAAUUCAUUCUUGGACAGCAAAUACCCCUAACUCUCUGGCUAUCAUUGGCUCCGGUUGUCCUUGGUGUAUCAAUGGCGUCAUUGACUGAGCUUUCUUUCAACUGGUUGGGCUUCAUCAGUGCGAUGAUUUCCAAUAUCUCCUUCACUUACCGGAGUAUAUACUCAAAGAAAGCCAUGACUGAUAUGGACAGUACCAAUCUGUAUGCCUACAUCUCCAUCAUCGCUCUCAUCGUGUGUAUUCCACCUGCCAUAAUUAUUGACGGACCUCAACUGAUUAAGCAUGGGUUUAGUGAUGCUAUUGCAAAAGUAGGGGUGACAAAGUUCCUCUCAGAUCUCUUCUGGGUGGGAAUGUUCUACCACCUGUACAAUCAGCUGGCAACAAACACCCUUGAGAGGGUGGCACCGCUUACACAUGCAGUUGGAAAUGUGUUGAAACGGGUGUUUGUGAUUGGCUUCUCAAUCAUAGUCUUUGGUAACAAGAUUUCUACUCAAACUGGCAUAGGAACAUGCAUUGCAAUUGCUGGAGUGGCUAUCUACUCAUUUAUCAAGGCCAAGAUGGAAGAAGAGAAACGACAAAUGAAAGCAGCAUGAGACAAAGAGAGGCAUCAACAUGGGAGGAAUCUUUCGUGUAGAUUUCAAUAUUUUUCCUCUAAAAGAAGCAAAUGGCGGAUUAAAUAUUUCUCAAUAAUCGUGUAAUUAUUUUUUCAAUUAUAUUUCUUGUCAUUCACAGUACAGACAAUUGCUAAUUUGCAACUGGAAUAAUGUAUUGAGAUCAUCUCUCCAAACCUACUUUUGGCAAUUACAAGCUCUGACUUGAGUUAACAGAAUCGUGAGAGGAUGAAACAUAUGUAACAGUUUAUUAUUAUCGGAACAGUCUUGUGAAGUUUUCUCUGAAUCUUCGGUUUUUUGAGAAUAUGUUUUUCCUAUGGAAAAGAGUAACACAAGGUUUAGAAAAUCAUGGAUUCUACAAGUGGAAAGCUACAUUGAAGAAGCCAUUCUUAGUGUAGUCUGAAUGUAAAUGAAUGUUUGUGUUUGUUAGUUUGACAG